AUGUCAGAACCUGCCGGAAACACUGCGGGACCAAGUGGUGACAACAACUCCCCGUUCGAUACCAUCAAGGACAUCCAACUCCGCCAAGAGUUCGUCAGACUCAUGCAAGAAGCUAUUCACCUUGAGAAGGUCGCUAGGAAUGUAGAGAGUGAAUGUCAGCACGUCCGACGUGAGAGAAACAAGGUUAACAAAGACCUUGACGCGCGUAGUGAACUCGCUAGCCAAAUUGAUCGAAACGAUAAGGCGCUCAAGCAAUAUCUUGACCAACAUCAGCAAGACGCAGGCCAGAGUCAGCCAUUACCGGAGCGUCUUGAACAAGCCAUCCCCAAACACAAGCAAUCCAUUAGCGAUCUCAAGCAAAUCACUACUAAACAUUUUAGUGCUAUUAACGCGCUUAACCAUAACUCUAAAAACCUCAGGGACGCCUCGGAUAAACUUGAGCGGGACAUGAACAAGCUUCAGCAAGAUACCGACCAAUUCUUCAAGCGCCUCAGAGACGAAUGUGGCAUGGAUCUCAGAAUGUUUGACCGCAUCAUUGGUGACGAGGUCCGCUUCAUUGGCGAGAGGGUUGAAAACGUAGUCACGAUGUAUUGGGAUGCUAAAAACGGAAAACUACCUGUGGAGUUGUGA